AUGUUAAAAAUUUUACAUUGGAACACCGCUAAAUCUUAUGACAAAUUGGAUAUUCUAGUUAAUGAUCCAAUUCAUAGUGACACCUUAAUAUCGAUAAAUGAAGUUUCCCCAGUUUGGUUGGCCGCUAAAAUGAACGAAAAAGCUGAUGAAAUUGAAAGUGGUAUUGAGAUCAAGAGUAACAUCAUUGAGGUUAAUGAAAGAAGUGUGAUAUUCAACAAACACUCAUGUUGGGUUAUACCGAAGAGAUUUCUCUGGAAGAACAUGAAUAUAAACAUGGAAAACACGGUCGGUAUAAAAUUAAUAAUAAGAAAUAGACAAUUCUACCUGAUAUCAACUUACAGACACCAAAGUACAAAGGAUCGUUUUUUCUGUGAACUGGGAAAAGUAUUGGAGACAAUUACUGGCCCAGUGAUCAUUUGUGGUGAUAUGAAUGCUGAGUGUUCACUAUGGUCUCCAAGGAAACCAAUAUGGAAUAAAUAUUGUGAGAAUACAUUCAAAGAGUUUCUGAAAUCAGCUCAUCAACCAGUAGAGGACAAUUACACGUUUCAAACUGGAACUCUGAGGACAUUCAUUGACUGUCAACUCUACUCAGAAAAUUGGCUUCUUCUUGAAGCAAUGAUCAACAAAACGAACUCAGAUCACAAUCAACUUCAAAUGGUGGUUUUAGCAGGAGAAGGAGAAAAAAUUAGAGACCAGUGGGUUAUCAGAUUGAAGAAGUAUAAACUGUCAAGUGAUAUGGUUGAAUAUCAUGAUGGAAAUUUGACCGUUGGUUCACAGCUGAUUCAAGUAAUUCAGGACAUUAUCAAUUUUCCAAUUCGCAAUGGAAAAUGGUACAAUCAAUCUGCGAAAUUCACUACGAGAGGUUACAGGAGAAAAAUUAAAACAGUAGACAUCGAAGAGAAGUCUGAGUUGAGAAGAAAAUUUGACAACCUCGACAUCAAGGGUCUUAAAUCCAAAAGUUUCUGGCGUCUGAUUGAUACAAUCAGAAAAGAUAAUCAUGUCUAUGUAUUGAGUGAAAGUGAAUAUGAUGGAAUUUAUAAAGAUUCAAUUUCUCAGCAGUUAAAGAAAUUUACAAGAGGAAGAAUGGGAAAGGCUGUGCCAAGAGGUAAAAGAUUCAAAUCAUCUCUCAAUUCUGAUGGAUUCACCAAACGAACGUGGGAAAAAUUCUUUAAAAAGAAUAUAGUUAUCAUAAGACGAAUCUUGGAGAUAAUAUUUGAGCUCUCAUAUAUACCCGAGUGUAUGAGAAUCUCAGGAGCAGGUAUGGUACCGAAAUCCCAUUCAAAUAAAGUCAGAAUGGUGAAGUCGCCGAAUUAUUUAUUCAAAUCAGUCGACAAAAUAAUCAGUUAUCGGUUAUUGGACAUUUGUGACGAAUUUAUAUUGGAAAAUACUCAGUUUGCGUUUAAAAGAAAUACAAGUCGAGAGGAUUUGAUUCUGCAAAUGACCUUUCAACACGACUGGCAGGAGGUUAAACUAUUAUUAUUGGACGUAACGGCAGCAUUUGAUCGAGUGUCGAUGAUCAAAUUAAUACCGAGAAUAGAGGAAAGAGACUCACCAUUGGCGAAUAUUAUCGGCUCAUUUUGCUCUCGGAGGUGGACAAAAAUAAUCAAAGACAAGAAGCCUCAAUUUUGUGAAGAAAGUGUUGGGACACCACAGGGAUCAUCUUCGGGCCCAUUAUUAUAUAUACUGGCAUUGGAUUCACAGAUUCGAGCUCUGAGGAAAAGAAAAAUCAAUAUUCAAGCUUAUGCCGAUGAUUUGAUUGUUUAUUUGGACCCAAAUGAUGAUGAAAAAAGUGUAAUUGCAGAUGUCGAAAAUCACCUGAAGGAAAUUAAUCUAACCUUGAAUUUGGAAAAAACGCAAAACUUUUGCAAGAAAUUUCAUCUCAUGAAGUUUUUGGGUUUUAGGUUCCUGAUUCCAUUUGAUGUUAAACAAAUUAAACAAACUAUGAUGGAGAUGAGAUCUGAAUUGUUAGCAUCAUUUAGGUGCAAACCAAAAACCUUAUCAAUGCUGCCAAUGAAAACGAAACGUCUUAUAAUAAGCAAUAUUGUUUACCCGAAAUUAAGACUGAUUGGAUACUCAAUUUUCCUGACAGUUCCAAGCAAAUUUAUUAAAUUGUUUCACCUUAUGGAUUCAACAUUGUCACUGUUAGAAAGAAGCUCAACGUCCGGUUCAUUUAUUUGGAAUUAUUAUAAUAUUGAUCAUUUAUUGGAAAAACUGUGGAUGGAAUCACUAAUCUAUGGAAAUGGUAAAGAAACUAAUAUUCGUGAUGAAUACACCUUCGAAUCACUGAACCCACCGGAACAGAUAUCAUCCAAAAUCAGAAAAAAAAUAAUAGAAAAGUUCAUCACAAUGGAAAUCACCCAAUCAUUGGAAUAUUUCACUGAAGGAGACAGCUUGUUCGUUGGAGUUGGUUCAUUCAACAUGAAUGCAUUUGAAUAUACAUUGAAAUCUGAAUGGGACAAUUACCUGAUAAUGAUUCAAGCUCAAUUGGUAUUCAUGAAGGAGGAAGAGGAAGAUCAUGUUUUAAUAUUACCAGAAAAGUUGCAAUUAUCAAUCAAUUCAAAAUCGACCUAUGUUAACGAUGCAUUUGCGAUAAUCAACAAGUAUGGGAAGAAAAAUUUGCGAUGGACCUACGGCAAUUAUAUUAAAUACAAAUUCACCCCAAGAAGAAUAACAAAGCAAAUAAUUGGAUGGCUGUCGACCAAGAGAUGGAAAGAAGAAAUUAGACUUGAGAUCAGAGCAAGAAUUUGCAAAUGGUUGCGAGAUGAAAACGAUGUCAUUGCUACAAUCAUGAACAACAUCGAGUGUUAUACGAAUGAAUAUGGUUAUUUAGGACAAACACACUAUUGCCAAUUGAUGAACAUUUUAUCCAAGAAGACAGUUAACCUCAACAAUUUCAAUUGCUGUCCCAACGAUCAAAGACAUCACCCGUUCACCUGUUCGGAAACUUUAAAUGCAGCGCUAAUAGAACAAGACACUAAUUAUAAAUUUACAAGAAAUUUCAAAAUUAAUCUAUCAAAUGUUGAUGAUUUUAUAUUAGCAGUUAAUAUUGUAAUAUCGGCCUCAGGGGCAAUAAGAAAUUCUUUUGUUUUAUUCCUGUAAUCCUAUCCAAUCUCCCCUCCCCUUGUACGGUUGUCACUGCCGGAAACGAUGAAUUCCAAUUCAUCGAAGCCUCCCCUGAGGCCGCUGUUGAAGCUUAAAAAUAAAGAGACAAUUAAACUUUAAUUAUUAUUUAAGUUCGUAAUAAUUAUAACGGUUGCGAGUUAAAUUGUCUGAUAAUAAUUAAAUCUUUAAUCAUGGUUGGGUGAUCAGGAUCAUGAUUAUGUUACUCACCUUAUAAAAGUUGAGAUGAUUAAAAUUGAAAGGACAAUUAAAGGUUUAAUUUGAUUAGAUUGUUGAUCUUUUAAUUUUAAUUGUUGACACUUUACUAAACAUAAUAAACUAUUGUCAAUGCAUAAUUAGGAUGCAAGAAUUAUCCAGUAAUUAAAACAUUGGAUGCAUAUAUUACAAUCUAAUUAGAAAAUUAAAAUCACUUUGAUUUGACUUUUUGUUUCCAAUUUUACUACAAUUAAGAUGCUAAUUAACUUGUGAAUUGAACUAAUUGUGAAAAAAACACAAAAUCAGUGAAGAUGAUGAAGGUUAAAUGAUUAGCCGGUAAUUGUUACGAUUUGUGAAAAAUUAAUCGUGUAAAUUGUUGAACAACAAAAAACCCGAAUUUGUGAUUAGUUAAAUUUAGUUGUUGCUCUUAUUGUUGUUGCUGUUGUCUAAUUACAAGGUUAGUUAAUAAAUUGUCAGGUAAAAAUCAGUGAAUCGUUGUAAGGCCUUGGUUAAAUUGUUCCUUCUUUGGGUUUCCUCUUCGAACCUUUAAUUGUUGAUUAAUUUGAUUCUAAUUUUUUGGCUUUUCCUUUUUUUUUGACGAAAAAGAAACAAACUAAAUUGUUGGGACAUUUUCACUUCCAUGUUGUUAACAGUUUGGUCAACAAUUAAAUUAAAUAUGAUUCUUAUUUCUCAACCUUCGUGCUUCAAUUGGUACAAUAAUUAAAUUGUUGUCGGUGUUGUUAAUUGGACAGCAAAGAUUAAGUGUUAAACUACAAUGUUGAUUUAGAUUGAUUCAGUUACCGUUGAUUAUCAACCCGAGGGGAAAUUGUGAUUUAAUUUUUCUUGUCAGUGAAUUAGUUGAUUGUUGGUCUCUUUUUUUUCAUUGUCAUUAAAAUAAUAAUAAUAAUAAUACACUUUUAAAAUAAUAAUAAUAAUAAAAUUUGAAUAUUAAUUAUGCUAAGAAAAUAGGAAACACAAUCAACAAUUAAAUUUGAUUUACUAAAUUUGGUUUACCAAAAAAUAGUUUUUAAUUGUUGCAACCGAUGGUUACGAUGAUUAUAUUGAUUGAUUAUUCCCUUUACAAUUUGAUUGUUACAUUGAUUGAAAUUGAAUUUGUUUCCAUUCACAAAUUGAAACUAUUGGAGUUUUUUUGUUCAUUUUCAAUUGUUUGUCUCUUCAUCUGAUAAUUAG